CGCGAGCUCCGGGAGAUCCAGGGCCAGGGCCCGCGCAAGGUGUGCAUCCUCGGCACGAGGCACUGCUCCUACCUCCACCAGCAGAUCAUCGAGCUCCUCUCCUACGCGCUCGUCCUCUCCGGGAACCACGUCUACACGUCCGGCGCGUCGGGCACGAACGCGCGCCGCGGCGCGGCGGCGAUCCGCGGCGCGCUCCGCGCGAACUCGACGGACCUGCUGACGGUGAUCCUGCCCCAGUCGCUCAAGCAGCAGCCCGAGGACAGCCAGGACCUCAUCAAGGAAGUCGUGCAGGUCGUCGAGAUGCCCGAGAACGACGCGCUCACGCUCGACGUCGCCUCGAAGCGCUGCAACCGCAAGCUCAUCACGACGGUCGACCAGCUCGUCGCCUUCGCCUUCCACGACUCGAACAACGUCGUCCGCGCCGCCGACGAGGCCAAGGAGAUGGACAAGAUCGUCACGGUCAUGUACCUCGACUGA